AUGGACUCGGAUGACUCGUGGGACGAAGGUGUCAAUACUGGUCCUUCGUUUGCCGCGAAAGCGACGAAUUCGCUGUUGGAGCCUUUACGUCCACUGGUUUCGAAAAAUGCGCUGACGGCCUACCUGGGUACCUUUCUCUUCUUCGCGACCGCCAUAUGCAUGAUAUUUGUAUCAAUCCUCGCAUACGGCGUGUUCUACUACAACUUCAUCCCACAGGUCGGACUUGAGCGCAUUGUUCAUCUACAAUUUGGAGAUGACCAUCCCUGGGGCAUUGCGGCUCUUGAUUCGUCUCUAGUAUCGUCCCAACCGUACGAUGUGCACGUGGAGCUCGAGCUGCCCCGGACACCUUCAAACCUAGCUACAGGAAACUUUAUGCUAGACCUCACCCUUCUUUCGCAUUCUUCGACGUCUGCCCGCACUGGCGAGAAUACCACCGCUCCGCCUAUCUCCCGCUCCCGCCGCCAUGCGAUCCUGACAUAUGCCUCACCUCUAAUUGACAUCACGUCCAAAGUCUCAUUCAUGCCUCUGUAUGUCCUAGGUUGGAAGCGUGAAGCAGAGCGGCUGGUGGUGCCGCUGAUGGAGAGCGUCGAGUUCUCUCGUGGUGCACAUAAUGUACCUGAGACUCUGCGCUUGGAGAUUUAUAGUGAGGAAAAGAUGCAGUUCUACUCGGCGAAGAUAAAGUUUAGAGCGAGCUUUACGGGGCUACGGUGGAUUAUGUAUCAUUGGAGGAUUCCGUCAUUCUUUGUCUUCAGCUUCAUGUUCUGGUCGGUCUCAAUGUUCUCCUUCUCUUUAUGCUGGGUACUUCUCGCCUGUGUGUUUAAUAAUGGCGUGAAGACAGAGGAAGAGGACGAGGGGGCUAUUAAGGAAGAGGACGAGAGUGAAAGUGAGCCCGCGAUCAAAAAAGAACCGUCUGAGAAGCUUAGCCUCCCGGAGAUUGAGUCUACUACGGCGUCGUCGGAUAGAGUGCUCGAUAGCGAUUCAGACGAUGAACUGAACCAUGACGUGGGGCGCAGACGCAUGAUCACGACGCCCGAUUCAGGGCCAUCGGAGGCUGGGCUUGGAACAGGGACGGAAAGAGCCGGACCUUCAGGUGUCCAGCGGCGGCGAAGCAGGUUACUGAAGGAGGAGGAUACGUAG